AUGCCUAACUCCGAGGCGCAGGCACGACUCAUCCGUGACACCUACGCUAGAUGUGGACUCAGCCCAGAGUGUGAAGUAGACCGCCCACAAUAUUUCAAGGGCUAUGGCACUGGGACGCCAGCGGAGACCGUAACUAUCGAAGCCCGAGCCAUCCAGAGCGUCUUCUUCCCUGACGGUAAAAGCAUAGAGGGCCAGCUCACCGUCGGUAGUAUAAAGACUGUCAUCGGACACACCGAGGGCACUGCGGGUGUGGCCGGUGUGCUUAAAGCGUCACUGGCAGUCCAACACGGCCAUAUUCUAGCGAACCUUCAUUUCAACGACCUGAAGCCUAAGCUCCGACCCUUUUACACCAAUCUGCAAGUUCCGACCCACACAGUUCCCUGGCCGACCGUGCUAUAUGGGUCCCCGCGCCGUGUCAGCGUGAAUAGUUUCGGCUUCGGGGGUACGAAUGCGCACGCCAUUAUUGAGAGCUGGGACGGCCCUGGCGAGCUCAACGGCCAUGUGAACAGACACGGCAAGGGAAGAUUCAGUGACGGCAGCAAGCCCAACACCAGCGUCAGCAACACCGGGCCUUUCGUCCUGUCUGCAAACUCAGCUCCGGCUUUGGCAGCCAGUCCCGGAGCGCUGGCUAGUUAUCUUCGCCCAAACCCCGAUACAGAUCUCGAUCGGCUUGCCUAUACUCUCUUUCGCAAGACGGAAUUUCCUUACCGGGCUGCCCUUUCCGCCGUAUUUGUAGGUGAACUCGUGAGCAAGCUUUAG